AUCCCGGAGGAACAUUUUUCAAUUUCUCAGUCAUUUUUCUUUCUUUUUCUUUACCUCUGCUUGUCAUAGAGACAUGGCAGGACUCGCAGUCCAUUUAAGCGUCCACGGAUCAAUUGUGUCGUCAUGCCCAAGAAAGGGAACCGAAAACGGCUGAAAUUUAGGGCCGGGGACGUCUGCUCAGAAUCAGUGACUGUUGCUGAUUAUGCCAAUGCUGACCCAGCCGUUGUGAAGUCUGGGAGAGUGAAAAAGGCAGUUGUAAAUGCAGUGGAAAAAGAAGUAAAAUUGCUCUGCGGACUGGAAGCAUCCCAGGGUGCUGUGCAGGAGGUCCUUUCGUCUGCAGCGAGAAUUAGAGGAGAUUCCUUGGAGAGUAGUGAUGACCUUUCCCAGGAAGAAGAUGACGAAAACGAAGCAAGAGCAGCAUGCAAGAAAAAAAACAAGCGAAGAAAAGAGAGCAGUGAGAGCAGUGAUGGGGGAGAGUAUCCGGUGGAUAUCUGGUUGGUUUUAUCCUCCUAUAUCAGGCCCGAGGAUGUGGGCAGAUUUGCUCUAAUCUGCAGGAAUGCCUGGACUGUUACCUGCACUGCUGCCUUCUGGACCAGACUCUACAGAAGACACUACAAUAUGGAUGCUGAGCUGCCGUUUCGCCUCCAGCCUGACUCGAUAGGCAGGAUGCGCUGUUUACGGGCCUGUGUGAUUCGCUCCCUCUUCCAUUUGUAUGAGCCGUUCUGCUUGCGAGUCUCCAAAAUUCCUGCCUUGCCUGAAUCCACGCCCACAACUUUGCUCAACUCGAAGUGUUUGCUGUUCUGGAUCAAAAAAGUACCGGGAACACGGCCAGAGGCCAUGUGGGAGUUCAACUUCAAAUUUAUGAAGCAGGGAUACACUAAGAAUGGCAGUGCCAAGUCCCUGUGCAUACCAAGGCAGUAUGAAGAUGUCCAUACGAACUCUGACUCGGACUGUUACCUACUGCAGGUCACCACCCUCAACUUCAUCUUCACCCCUGUGGUCAUGGGUAUGACCCUCACCCUGUUCACCAUCAACGUUAGUACAGACAUGCGCCACCACCGCGUCCGCCUAGUCCUCCAGGAUGCACCGCUCCAGCGUGGGAGGAAAAGAGGGGAUCAGGGAGGGACGCAGGUGGUGCUGGAUCCUGUACACAGUGUGAAGCUCAUGGACUGGUGGCAUCCACAGUACCCCUCCUCUCCUUGCACUUAGAACCCCAUCCUCAUGGAGAUACGAAUCCUCAAACCAAGAACCAUGCUAUUCAUGAUCUAACCCCCCCCCCAUGUCUGCAGCACCACUCAGCCCAGUUUGCAUAUGUUUACAUCUACGGUAUCUACAGAUGCAAAAUUUCUAAAUUUGAAUUUUUUAACAAGGUCCAGGCUUUGCGAAGCCCCUUAUAAAAUCAGGAGCCUUGAUGUUCUGUAGUCUUACAACAGUCCUCAGCUUCAGCAGCCCCAUUCUCUAGCCACACAUGUAAGACCGAAACUUUUAUAUUAGCAGGUAAAAUCUUCUAUGAGGCUUGAAAAAAAUUAAGAGGUCCUGCUUUCAACCUCUCAUUAAAUAUUAUUGCACGUGGAAUCUAGAAUCUUAACACCCUAUUUUCCUUCUUCCAGAAGUGUAAACGUGGGGUCAACAAGUUAAUUUUUUUCACUUUCCCCAUUUAAUUUAAUUUAAUUUAAUUUCUGCCCACCUGGGAAGUUUUUAUGGGCUUGGCUUCUGCAUUUUUUGAAUGUGCAGUAUACAUAUUUAAUGUGGUUUAAGCUAUAAACACCAGCUUUUAAUUUCCUUCUUUAGAGAAAUAUCUUUUCUUUUUUUUUGUCCAUAUAUGUAAUUUGAUGCAGCUUCCAUUUUGUCAUUUAACUUGAAUCUAUGUUUGAUGACUUGGGUAUUACUUGCAUUGCUGUAGACUGAAGAGGCCAAAGAGAUUUACCUCAAAUAUGGCAACUCAUCUGCUGGUGUGAACACUCUUCCAUGACUUCAGAUGAUGUUUUUUCUUGACCAAAAGUUUUAUUUUCAAGUUGGCGUAAAUUCUCUCCUUGCUGAGAAUGAGCCCUCUUCUUCUGUGCCGUCAGCUGUGAGAUCUUUCUCCACAGUUUGAAAAGCUGAUGGCGUGAUGCUGGCAUUAGGUCUCUCAAUUUACAGUGGUCAGUCUCAUUUUUAUUGAAUGUCAGUAGAAUGUCAAUCAGAUGUUCCGUUUUUAGUGCUGCAGAGCAGGAGGUAUUUGUCCCUGCGUGCUCCGUCAUAUACAGUCAGCGUCAUUUCAUUUGACUUUAUUUAUGUUCAUCGUUUUGAUUGAGAUGAAGUGAUUUUUGAAUGAUCACAUGUAGAUGUUGAAAAAAAUUGUUGGUUGGCAGCUGUCCUUUAGUAAAGGACACCUGGAUGUUUCUGACUAACAUCAGUUGGAAAUUGACUCAGCAUGUGGUCGGUCUGGUAUUGACAGGCGUGAGUUCCACUGAUGAGCCAACUUAACUGCACUGAAAUAAAGUCAAAACUGCCAUUUGAAAAAGCUACCUGUCUUGAAUAAAAUGGUAGCCUAAUGCAUUUAUCCUGUUGUUCAGAAAGGUGCGAUAUAAAUUAAGUUUAUUAUUAUUGUGCUCAUACAGACACCGGCACUACGUCUCACCACUUCCACCUUGUGGCCAGGUAGGGGACUACGUGUGUUGGAACACUUGGCUUACCUGCAAAGGUGGCUGGUAGGUGAAAAAAAAAAUUACUGGCCAGACAGUUUUUUUUUUUUUACUAGCCAAAAAAGAAAAUAAAUUGCUUUU